CAAGCAGGCACCCAGCUAACAGCUCACUCGGAAGUCCCCUGGAGCCGCUGUGGUAGCAGACAAGAGGACGUAACAUGUCUUUGCUCUGCGUUGGAGUUAAAAAAGCCAAGUUUGACGGGGCCCAAGAGAAGUUCAACACCUACGUGACGCUGAAGGUGCAGAAUGUCAAGAGCACGACCAUCGCAGUGCGGGGGAACCUGCCCUGCUGGGAGCAGGACUUCAUGUUUGAGAUUAACCGGCUGGACCUGGGGCUGACGGUGGAGGUGUGGAACAAGGGGCUGAUCUGGGACACCAUGGUGGGGACGGUGUGGAUCCCCCUGCAGACCAUCCGGCAGUCCAACGAGGAGGGCCCCGGGGAAUGGCUCACCCUCGACUCCCAGGUCAUCAUGACCGACAACGAGAUCUCUGGCACCAAGGACCCCACCUUCCACCGCAUCCUGCUGGACACCCGCUUUGAGUUACCGCUCGACAUCCCCGAGGAGGAGGCCAGGUACUGGGCGAAGAAACUGGAGCAGCUGAAUGCUAUGAAGGAUCAGGAUGAUUACGAGUUCCAGGAGGAGCAGGACAAACCGCUCCCCGUGCCCGGCUCCCAGUGCUGCAACUGGAAUUAUUUUGGCUGGGGAGAGCAGCAGAAUGACGACCCCGACAGCACCAUGGACGACCGGGACAGCGAUUACCGAAGCGAGACCAGUAAUAGCAUCCCGCCUCCGUACUACACCACGUCCCAGCCCAACGCCUCGGUCCACCAGUAUCCCAUGAGGCACCAGCAGCAGAGCUCCCGCGACUCGUACACGGACUCCGUGCAGAGCUACGAGAUGGACUACUCGGAUCAGCGGCCCAUCAGACGCUACGAUAGCGUCGAUUCUGCCACAAACGGGCGCAGCGACGCUGAGUCCGCCUCCGAGUCGAGCAGGCGGACCAGCCGCCAGUUCUCCCUUGAGAGCAGGCGGUCCCUAGACCUAUCGGAUAGCCCCACCGGGAGCAGCCGCUACGCCUCGUCCGGGGAGCUGAGCCAGGGCAGCUCCCAGCUGAGCGACGACUUCGACCCCGACAACGAGAGCCUGCGGGGCUCGGAGCUGGACGAGCGGGACGGGGACUCCUACCACUCCUGCCACAGCUCCGUCAGCUACCACGACGACUCGCCCCGCUGGGAGGAGGACUUCUACCCCGAGGAGGAGGACGAGGACUACAGCGAGAAUGAGCAGGACUACCCCAAGGUGGAGGCCGAGGUGCCGCGGGACCAGGAGGCGGACGAGGCCAAGCCCCCGGUGCACGAGCCCUACCCACCGCCGCCGGCGAAGCAACAAGUGCCCCUGCCACAGGUGCCAGCACUGAAGCAGCAGCAGGAGAGGAAGGAAGACAAGGCAGCGUAUGUCCCGGAGGAAACUCCGGAGAUCCCCCAGGAAAAGCCAGCAGCGGAGAAGCCCCCAGUCCCAGAGAGGGAGCCGGAGCCCCCAAAGCCAGCAGAGGGAGAGCGGGAGGAGGUGGAAGUCCAGGACGCCAAGUCCCGAGCCAAGGCCAACUGGCUAAGAGCAUUCAACAAGGUUUGCAUGCAGCUGCAAGAGGCCCGGGGAGAAGGAUCUGGCGAGGCGAAGUCGCUGUGGUUUAAAGGCGGGCCUGGCGGCGGUCUGAUCAUUAUUGACAGCAUGCCCGACAUACGAAAGAGAAAGCCAAUCCCCCUAGUUAGCGAUUUGGCUAUGUCGUUGGUCCAGUCCAGGAAAGCCGGAAUCACGUCAGCACUAGCAUCAAGCACCUUAAACAACGAAGAGCUAAAAAACCAUGUUUACAAAAAGACCCUUCAAGCCUUAAUCUACCCCAUCUCCUCCACGACCCCCCACAACUUCGAGGUGUGGACCGCCACCACCCCCACGUACUGCUACGAGUGCGAGGGGCUGCUGUGGGGCAUCGCCCGGCAGGGCAUGCGCUGUACGGAGUGCGGGGUGAAGUGCCAUGAGAAGUGCCAAGACCUGCUGAAUGCAGACUGCCUACAGAGAGCGGCCGAGAAGAGCUCCAAGCACGGGGCGGAGGACCGGACCCAGAACAUCAUCAUGGUGCUGAAGGACCGCAUGAAGAUCCGGGAGCGGAACAAGCCCGAGAUCUUCGAGCUGAUCCAAGAGAUCUUCGCCGUCUCUAAAGCCACCCACACCCAGCAGAUGAAGGCCGUGAAGCAGAGCGUGCUGGACGGCACCUCCAAGUGGUCGGCCAAGAUCAGCAUCACAGUUGUCUGUGCCCAGGGCCUGCAGGCAAAGGAUAAGACAGGCUCCAGUGACCCGUAUGUUACUGUCCAGGUUGGAAAGACGAAAAAAAGGACUAAAACAAUCUAUGGAAAUCUAAACCCGGUCUGGGAGGAGAAUUUCCAUUUCGAAUGCCAUAACUCCUCCGAUCGGAUCAAGGUGCGGGUCUGGGAUGAGGACGACGAUAUCAAGUCCCGUGUCAAGCAGCGCUUUAAGAGAGAAUCCGACGACUUUCUGGGCCAGACGAUCAUAGAGGUCCGGACACUGAGCGGGGAGAUGGAUGUCUGGUACAACCUAGACAAGCGGACGGACAAGUCGGCCGUGUCCGGAGCCAUCCGGCUGCACAUCAGCGUGGAGAUCAAGGGAGAGGAGAAGGUGGCACCGUACCACGUGCAAUACACCUGCCUGCACGAGAACCUCUUCCACUUCGUGACGGACAUACAGAACAACGGGGUGGUGAAGAUCCCCGAGGCCAAGGGGGACGACGCCUGGAAGGUGUACUUCGACGAGACGGCCCAGGAGAUAGUGGACGAGUUUGCCAUGAGAUACGGGGUGGAGUCCAUCUACCAGGCCAUGACUCACUUUGCCUGCCUGUCCUCCAAAUACAUGUGUCCCGGAGUGCCGGCCGUGAUGAGCACCCUUCUAGCCAACAUCAACGCAUACUAUGCCCACACCACUGCCUCCACCAACGUGUCUGCCUCGGACCGCUUUGCUGCUUCCAAUUUCGGGAAAGAACGUUUCGUCAAGCUGCUGGACCAGCUGCACAACUCGCUCCGGAUUGACCUGUCCAUGUACCGGAACAACUUCCCUGCCAGCAGCCCGGAGAGGCUGCAGGAUCUCAAGUCGACGGUGGAUCUGCUAACUAGCAUCACCUUCUUCCGAAUGAAGGUGCAGGAGCUGCAGAGCCCGCCCCGGGCCAGCCAGGUGGUGAAGGACUGCGUGAAAGCCUGCCUCAACUCCACCUACGAGUACAUCUUCAACAACUGUCACGAGCUGUACAGCCGCGAGUACCAGACCGACCCGACAAAGAAAGGCGAGGUCCCCCCCGAGGAGCAGGGGCCGAGCAUCAAGAACCUGGAUUUCUGGUCCAAACUCAUCACGCUGAUUGUUUCGAUUAUUGAAGAGGAUAAGAACUCCUAUACGCCCUGCCUGAACCAGUUCCCCCAGGAGCUGAACGUGGGUAAGAUCAGCGCCGAGGUGAUGUGGAACCUCUUUGCUCAGGACAUGAAAUAUGCAAUGGAAGAGCAUGACAAGCAUCGCCUGUGUAAAAGUGCUGACUACAUGAACCUGCACUUCAAAGUGAAAUGGCUUUAUAACGAGUAUGUGACCGAGCUCCCUGCCUUCAAGAGCCGUGUCCCCGAAUACCCCGCCUGGUUUGAGCCUUUUGUUAUCCAGUGGCUGGAUGAAAACGAGGAGGUGUCCCGGGAUUUCCUGCAUGGAGCGCUGGAGCGGGACAAGAAGGACGGGUUCCAGCAAACCUCUGAGCACGCUCUCUUCUCCUGCUCCGUGGUGGACGUCUUCUCCCAGCUGAACCAGAGCUUUGAGAUCAUCAAGAAGCUGGAGUGCCCCGACCCGCAGAUCGUCGGGCACUACAUGCGGAGGUUUGCCAAGACCAUCAGCAACGUGCUGCUGCAGUACGCCGAGAUCAUCUCCAAGGAUUUUGCUUUGUACUGCUCCAAGGAGAAGGAGAAAGUGCCCUGUAUCCUGAUGAACAACAUUCAGCAGCUCCGUGUCCAGCUGGAGAAGAUGUUUGAAGCCAUGGGGGGGAAGGAGCUGGACGCCGAGGCCAGCGACAUCCUGAAGGAGCUGCAGGUGAAACUCAACAACGUCCUGGAUGAGCUCAGCAGAGUUUUUGCCACCAGUUUCCAGCCGCACAUUGAGGACUGCGUGAAGCAGAUGGGCGACAUCCUGAGCCAGGUGAAGGGCACCGGGAACGUCCCCGCCAGCGCCUGCAGCAGCGUCGCUCAGGACGCCGACAACGUCCUGCAGCCCAUCAUGGACCUUCUGGACAGCAACCUGACUCUCUUCGCCAAGAUCUGCGAGAAGACGGUGCUGAAGCGGGUGCUGAAGGAGCUCUGGAAGCUGGUGAUGAACACCAUGGAGAAGACCAUCGUCCUCCCGCCGCUCACCGACCAGACAGGGACGCUCUUGAGAAAACACGGCAAGGGGACAGAGAAGAGCAGGGUGAAGCUGCCCAGUCACACGGAUGGCACCCAGAUGAUCUUCAAUGCGGCCAAGGAGCUGGGGCAGCUGUCCAAACUGAAGGACCACAUGGUGCGUGAGGAGGCCAAGAGCCUGACCCCCAAGCAGUGCGCCGUGGUGGAGCUGGCCCUGGACACCAUCAAGCAAUAUUUCCAUGCGGGAGGAGUGGGGCUGAAGAAAACCUUCCUGGAGAAGAGCCCCGACCUGCAGUCGCUGCGUUACGCCCUGUCUCUGUACACGCAGGCCACCGACCUGCUCAUCAAAACCUUCGUGCAGACCCAGUCGUCUCAGGGAGCUGGCGUGGAUGACCCGGUCGGGGAGGUGUCGAUCCACGUGGAGCUCUUCACUCACCCUGGCACCGGGGAACACAAAGUCACUGUCAAAGUCGUGGCUGCUAAUGACCUCAAGUGGCAGACGUCCGGCAUCUUCCGGCCCUUCAUCGAGGUCAACAUCAUCGGGCCCCAUCUCAGCGACAAGAAGAGGAAAUUCGCCACCAAGUCCAAGAACAACAGCUGGGCCCCCAAAUACAAUGAAAGCUUCCAGUUCACCCUGAGCAGUGAGACGGGCCCCGAGUGCUACGAGGUGCAGGUGUGCGUCAAGGACUACUGCUUCGCCCGGGAGGACCGCACGGUGGGCAUCGCUGUGCUACAGCUCAAGGACAUUGUGCAUCGGGGCAGCUGCGCCUGCUGGCUGCCCCUGGGCCGGCGCAUCCACAUGGACGACACGGGCCUCACCGUCCUGCGCAUCCUCUCGCAGCGCAACAACGACGAGGUGGCCAAGGAGUUUGUCAAGCUCAAGUCGGACACGCGCUCGGCCGAGGAAGGCAGCAGUUAAGGGCCUCAGCAGGUGUAGAACAUCCCCAGCACCACCCCCCUCCUGCCCCUUUUCUACAGCAUCCUCCAGCCACGUAAAAGCCAUACAGGUCAUCCACAGCUCCCCCCCCCCCACCAGAUAGGGAAGGGAGCCCCCCCCUCCGGGAAGCCCUUGCCACAAGCAGGCGCCUGCUUCCCAGUGCCAAGGAUCGAAGCAGGCACUCUGUGCCCCUCCCUGCAUCCCUGGGCUGCAGCUCAAGGGCACUGCUCCAGCUGCCAUGGGGCAGGGAAAAUGCAGCCCCCAGGGAGCGCAAGCUGCCCUCACUGCUGGCAGGGGUGGACUUAGCGCCUCUUCCCGAACCUGUUUCUGUCACGACAGAUGCUGGGAGAGGCAGAAGCCAAGGCCUGGAGCUAACCGUGAGGCAGGAGCGUUUGAACAAACGUGAGCCACCCAGUAUGGCCACAAGGUUGGCACAGCACUGCCCUCAGCUUCCAAGGGGAAGCAAGGCUCGAUCCCAGCCCUUCCAGCCCCCCCCCCACUCAUCCCUGAGCUCCAGGAGAAUCACCCUAGCUGGUAGCAGUAUCGGGGACAUGCCACAUUGGUGAGUAGUUUGAUUCCCUCCAGCAGGAGGCGGCAUCACAUGUCCAAACUGCCCUGUGGUCAUGGCAACCUCAUUCAGCAAUAGAGAUGAGCCAGGCAGGAAUGGGCACAGGGAGGUUGAGCCGGGCUCCCUUCAAGGCGCGUGGCUGCUAAGGCCACACACGGGCCAGCGUCAGCCUGCUUCAGCGGGCGGCUCUGGGAAUCCGCUGCCCCUCACGCCAUAGCGUGCCACAAGCUGUGUCCGCACUAGCCAAGCCCUGGGCAGGUGGCUCAGAGUAGCGUAGACAAACCCUUAGUCUGAGGCCAGGCAGCAGGGCUGGGGCCGAGCUCGUCCACCCAGGCCAGCAGCAGGAGGGUGCUAGCAGGAAAGUAGGGCAGGGGCGAUGUGAACCAGGACCACUGCCAGGUCCCUGCCACGGGGCUGCACACACGUGGGGCGGCAUCACACUAAGGAACCCGGAUCCCAACUCUAACCUCCCUCCCCGGCAGGCUCAGAGACCAGCGCAGCUGGGAGGAGGCAGCGCCUGCAUUGGGACAGGGAUGUGCAAACCUCAUCUCCCCCGCUCCCCGCAGGCAGCCCUUCCUGCGGGGCUGAAGCAGGGUAGCCUCCCUGGGUGAGAAGGCACAGCAAAGGGGGGACUCAGGGUCGAGGGCCUGUCCUUGCCAUCCUGCGUGGGGGAGCAGGUGAGUAAAUGAACACCGGGUGCCGGCCGGUGGAGGCGAGAGGGAGUGAAAAUGGGGCCGCAGCCUGGGUGCAAGUGAGUUAGCUGCAGCAGGUGGGACAAGGGGAGGCACCGGAGGAGGUUGGGUCGCUUUACAGGAUAAAAGGCAAAAUAUUUCUGCCAGCCCCAGCCCUGCUUCCACCGGGGAGAGCGUCACAGGCCCAGGAUUCUGCCUUGGCCUCGUGCUGAGUGGCCGGCGGGGCGGGGGGGUCUCCCAGCCGGUAGGCGGCGGGACUCCCACACUGGCCCAGAGUGCUUGAAAAGCAGUGGGGCAAAGAUCCCUGCCCCUGCUUGCUCUGCACGUAGCGCUGCAAGGGCCCUAAACCCUUCGCUGCCCCCCACGCGGGAGAGCUCCCGCUGCCCCCGGCCUGGCCACAGGGCCAGGGCUCGGGCCUGUUCCCCAGCGACGCUCAGAGCGCGGGGGCAGGUGCGUGGGCUUUAUCUGCUCGCUGGCACAGCCUGAGCCCAGCUGUGCCAAGAGCCCCCCUAUCCGCUGUGCAUGGCUGGCCGAGCCAUGGCCCUGCGAGCCCUGCGCUGCCAGCCGGAGUGAAACCCCCUCCUCUACCCAGGAGAGUGCCAAUGCCGUCGCUUUCCGGCGGGGACCACGCCGCCCUCUUCCACGCCCCAUCCCUUCCCGGCAGCCUCGUGGGACCCCAUCCCCACCUUCAUUGCAGCUUCCAGCCCUUCCCCCCCCCACAUGCGCCGCUGGCCAGGGGGGUCAGGCGACCUUCGCCCACGGUCAUGCCCAGCCGUGGAAGGGGCACAGCAGUGGGGCCAGGCCCAGGGGCAGCACUUCCUGAUUUAGCAGAGCCGAGUGCAUGGGGCCCAUAGACCAGGGUGGGCUCCAGAGUCUUUGCCAUGGCCCUGGCAGCGAGGCCUGGGCACGCAGCUGAGCCCAGGGGAAGGGCGUGCUCUGCGCUCAGAGGAUUUCAGGCCCCAACCAGAGCCAGCAGCUACCACGCCCCUGCCACAGAAAGCCUGGCCCGGCUCCGUGGGCAGCAGCUGUCCAGGAAGGCCGGAUCCUGUAGGCAGAACAGCCGCAGGUCAGGCCAGAGGCAGAGCUAAUCCCACUUGGGGCCCUGGGCCAGGGCUUGGUGCCAACCUCCCCAGCGUCUCUUAUGCUCACUCCCAGCAGCCCCAGUGACUCAGCACCGCCUGGGCCCUGCUUACGCAGUGACAGCUCUGGCCACGUGCAAGAACCGUGCCCCGGUCCCUGCUGACGAGGGGCCUGAGUGACAGGAGGCUCCCCACCCACCCCCUCUAAGGGCUUGAGUCAGACCAGGCACUGUAGUGCCCAUGCAACGCGGCUAGGCCCAGCGUAGUGGGGGGGAGGCCCAACCCACUGCUCCUCGUGCCAGCCCCUCGUCCCUGUCCGUGGCAUGCAACCGUCUACCUCCCCGCAGGCACAAUGGGGGCACAGCAGCCUCCACGCACAGGCCCCAGUGCCCCCCUCCCUGCCCUGCCAGGUACCAGCCUUGGCAGCUGUGGUUUGAGUUGCACCAGGGAGCUGUGCCCAGGGAGAGGGGGCAGGACGGCCUGGCCCCCGCAGACAGCUCUGUAAAUAUGUAAAUAGCUGUAAAUACAGACGGUUUUUCCGUGUUCUUUACCCGACUGCAACAGCUCCGAAGGGCUAUCGCGUCAGACCACGGCCAUAUGGCGCAGGGGACGGAGGUGCAGCCUGUGUGACCCAGGGCACUGCCCCCAGCCCCAUGCCCUGCUCACUCAUCCAUGGGCCCUCAGUCCUCCCCCCACCCCCGGCAAAGACACAGCCUGGUCCCAGCCCCCUCCCCUUAGAGAGGAACCCCAAAUCCAGGCACCUGCCCCUGACUCUAAACACCCACCAGCCCCUUCAGAGCCUCCAAGAACAGAGUCCAGUGCAGGCUCCUGGCUCGGACCAUAGCCAGACGCGGCUACCUGAGAGGAAGGGGCAAGAACAACUACUAGCCGCUGUGGGACUCUGCCCCCCCCCCCUUCCCCGAUCUCUUAAGAGCUAGGGAGUUUUAAUAUUCCCCCCCCCCCCCUUAACUCGCUGUUCUCACGCUCCCUGGCUGGUCACUUCUGAGCCAAGAGCAGCUGCCGCUCCCCCCCCCCCACCUCAUUUCAACCCCAGCCCCAUGCUGAGCAGAGGGGCGGGUAGCUGGGCCUCCCCAGCCAGAUGCAGGGCGGGGGGUGGGGGGGCUAGCAGAGGUAGGGCUGGUUUCAGGGCUAACGGCCAAGCUGAUUUUGACACCUAACACCCAUCCUCCCCCCAGCUGGAUUUAGACAUUCCCCCACCCCCACGGGACAGCUGGGCCCGCUGCAGUGUUGUAUCAGGGCCAGGAAGGAGCUCAGGUUUUCCAAGCUGCCAGCCAGUCUGCCGGGGCAGGGCUCGGCCCUGCCAGCAGGGCUCCCGGUGCAGCCUGGCACUGGCAUUGAAGGGGGGGGAGCUUGAGCAAGGUCACAAGCCAUGAGGGGCUGAUGGGAGAUGACCCCUCUGUCCUGUCACAGGCCCCGGAGUGUGUGAAUCCCACAACCCAAGAGAUUGAACCUGCUCCAAUCCUGCCCCAGCCCCCAUACACACCCCUCACGUGGGGGCAGAGCGCCCACCCCCACGGGCAGAAUUCACAGCGCAGACGCUGCUUCCCUCUACCCCCAGCUGGUUUCUAAAGGUCGGGGGGGUAAUGACACCCAUGGCCCCAAAGCAGCGCCAGGCAGGGCUGUAGUGUGCACAGGCCCCUGGCUCAGGAAGGGGGGGGGGGUGAGCCCCAGAGCCUCAUUGCACACCUGGGGUUACGUUUUCCCCCAGCAAAGCCAACAAACCAUCUUCAGCUGAGGGGUUCAGGGUCCUAGGACUAGCUCCUCUGCAACAACCUUCCC